UUAGGAUACAGGCGAUAGCUACGCCACUGUUAGAAACGUUACAUCGAAAUGUCGAUGAACGAUUUUAUUCGAUCUAACCAUAGAAAAUUUAACCUUAUUGACUGAACUUGACAUCUGGAGACUUACCCUAAUUUGCAAAAUAUUUCGCAAUAAUAAAUUUAAAGGUUGUUGUUAAAUCGUCACAAAUUACAGCGAUAAUACCGCCCAGGAUAAUUACUUACUGAUACAAAUGCCUAGAAGAGGUAGAGUCAAAAAAGAAGGUCCGGAAUCGGGGGAGGAUUCCGAUGAGUAUCGCAAAAGGAGGGAUAGAAAUAAUUUGGCAGUAAAAAGGAGUAGAGUAAAAUCAAAGCAAAAAACACAGGAGACCUUGAACAGGGUGAAUGAACUGAGGAAUGAAAACACAGUCUUGGAAGAAAAAGUUAAGACGCUGACCAAGGAGCUGGGAUUCCUCAAGGAACUGUUUUUGGCACAUGCAUCAAACAAUGUGGAUUCAUCGAAAUUUGAAGGGGUCGACUUGCAAAAAUUACUUGCAGAUGAUUCUGCUCCAAAUUAAUAAAGUUUGUGUUUAAUAUGUUACACUCACUAGUUCUGUGAACAAUAUUGUGUAAUUAUGAAAUCUGUUGUCAUUUAUAUGAGUUGAUUAUGAUAUAUCCUUUAAUAAUAUUAUGAUUGUGAAACUUUAAUUUUAAGUAUUAUGUUUGAUAUAGUCCUUUAAGUAGUAGUAUAGGUAUUUAGUGAAUAUAAAAGCUUUAUAUGUAUAUUUUAUAUUUAUGAGAAGUAGUUUUAUAAUUGUAAUUAUUGUGAAAUGAUUAUUGUGUAUCAAAUUUUGAACUAGUGAGUGUAAACUGUAGUGUAUUUGUUAGUACAAACUUAAAAACACAAAUUUUAUUCACCCACAUAAAAGGUAUCAAUUAAAUUGGGAUUGUGAUAAAUAUAUUUAUGUUAUAAUGUGUAUGAAUUUAAUUUUAUAAUUCUAAUUGUUUUAUAUAUGCAGGACCACUGUAUUAUUUUUAAUAAAUUUGUUAAAAACUA